ACGAGUUGAAAUAAUCUGGUAAAACACUAAAGUUUUGACUGCUUGUGUUAACAAAAAUUGUUUUAAAAGUAAAACAAAAAAUUUCUGCUUUUUUUGCACUGUUGGUUUCUGUUUAUAGUCACUGUUGACCAUGGUCAAGUUUAUAAAAGUGAAUCACAUUUUUUUUUGUUUACUUUUUUUUAUUUGUCAAGAUGUUACUUUAAUUUUUUGUUAUCAAUACUAAGCAUACUACGAUUACUUACAAAAUCCCAAAAAUAAAAUUUAUACUCAUUAACGGUAAAUAAUAAUUAAUAGCUAAUUAGCUAAUUAAGUAUGAAACGAGUACAAUGAAAGGAUUAUACUCUGACUGAAGAGAAAGGGGAAAUGCAACUGAAACGUGAAUUAUGAAUAAGUAUUGUUUGAAAUUAUCAUAAUUAGGAAGUUUGAACUUUCGUAAUUUAACAACACGUCAAAUAACAAAAAAGGUCACGGCGAAGUCACAUAAGUGAUUUAAAAGUAGAAAAAUAUUCUCCGAAAUGCAUUAUAAGCAGCCUCACAAGAUUCUCAAACAAAUCAACACUUGCAGUUUCGAAAUUUUCUUAAGAGAAGAUUCAGACACACACCAUAAGUCAUGCUGAAAUGGCAAAAAUUAAGUCCUCAGUUGAAACACGAUAAGAUACAGCGUUCACUAAAGGACAUCAUUAAAACACGGCAACUACCAAUCGUCGUCACUAUUACUCUGCCAUGUUUUUUGCGAACGAAAGAAGUUUUAAAAAAUAAGCAGCCUAUUGCUAUAUUAAAUCGAAAGGAAGUUCAUUUAUUAACAGGUCAUAACGAGCGAAACGUAGAUUUCAAAUUCAACGCAGAUGAUAAUUUAAACAGUUUAGUUGAGACAUUUGAACAAAUACAGCCAAAAAGUGUGGAGGAGAUCACUUCCAUCUUUUCAUAUCGGGAUAUUGUGGUUGUGCGCAAGGAUUGCGUCCUGAGAAAUAUCCAGUUUCGAGCAGGAGAUAAACUCCUUAUCGCUUUUCUCCAUUCAAGCCAUACAACUGAAAAGACAUUUGCCCUUUUAUGUCGGCAGGAUAACUGGAACUACAAUGUAUCCUUGUUAGCAGAUAUUCUCUUGGACGAUGACCUAUUUAUUUGGUUAAGAACUAGAGAAAGAUUAAAACUGAGAACGCUUCUCAGAGCAUUCGAACCGCAAUGGGUUCGUUUUGUACAUAAGUCAGACUAUAAACUUUUACCCGCUGGAAUUGUGUUUCUCAGAAGUAUAAAAACGUGCGACUUGAUUCUUACAGCCACUUGUUGUGGACAGAAUGUACGCUAUGAAACAUAUCCACUGAACUCGAAAAUAAUGGCAGAACUUUCUUUUAAUAAUCUCCCACAUUAUGUUAAAUGUCUUGGCAAAGGCGACUCAUCCGCUUAUACACAAAGCAUAGCACGUAUUGAGACUUUGUUUCAUUAUGAUAUAUAUGGACCAAGAUUUUAUGGAUUUCUCGACGAAAUGAAUGCCAUUGGGGUACUGGAAAGUUGCAACGAUCCUGAAAAAUAACUGAUCCUUAAAAGACUAUUUUUCCUACGUAUUUGCGAGAAUGCCGUGAGCCGAUUAGUAUUAUUUAGGUAGUCAUACUUUAGGAUACGAACGCAAAAAAAUUGUCUUGUAUUACUCUGUUUUUUAUCUACUGCUGUAGAGAGUAGAGUUCUUAGGGCGUGUUAUCCCUCCACCCCGUCACUUAAUUUUUAAGUCAUGUGAAAGAUGGGUUUUUAUAAGGAUGAAAGGCUCAAUUUUCAGUUCACUGUGUCUGUCCUUUUCACUUAAGUUGGACUUUGGUUGAGAAUUUAGUAUUAAUGAAGCAGUAACAAAAAUGAAUUCUCUCCGAUGAUUUUUACUAAUUUAUCUGUAAACAUUCUCGAUCCCCAAGCUCUUUAAGAUAAAUCUCGAAAGAACUGUACUGUCUACUUUCGAGGUUUUAAUCUCAAAGAGCUUUGGGGACGAGAAGGAUCUGUAAAUUGAAUAUUUAUUAAAUUUUUAAAUUGUAUGUAAAUAAACUUUUUUUCCAAUUGUAACACUUUUUAUUACAGUAUAUGACAUUUUUUACACAGUAUCCUAAAUAUCUAAAAUUGUUAAAUUACAUGUUUUUAUAUAAACAACAUAUACGUACAUUUUAAUCCAAAUAUUUUUAACUCUUAAAGGUGAUUUAGAAUGUAUUGAUUCCUUUUUAAAACCUUAUAAUGCAAUGAAGUUGACAUUUUACAAAUU